AUGCCUGGACUUUGUAAAGUCCCUCUAUAUUACUUUAUCGUCCUCCUGCUACCUAUAUUUGUCUCCUCCAGAUUCUCCACUUCCGCAUUCCGCAUUACGUUUCUUUCUUCUGCUUUGAACUUCAAAGUUGAUUAUCGGUUGAUGAUGGCUCACAAGCAUUUGCACGAGUUACUCGAGGAAGAUCAAGAGCCAUUUCUUCUGAAGAAUUACAUUUCUGAUCGGCGUUGUCAACUCGAGAAACCAUCGACUCAAACUCAUCUCCAACUCGAGAAACGAAAACCCGUCUCUCGAAACCCAAAGUUCCCUACAAAUUUCUGCAAGAACGCUUGCCUUUUCUCCUUCCACGACUCGCCGGACCACCCCUGGAAGUCUCCGUUGUUCGAGUUGGCAUCGCCGGCUAAAAGCCCUCCUUGCAGAAAUCCCAACUCCAUUUUUCUUCACAUUCCAGCUAGAACGGCGGCUGUUCUUCUCGAAGCCGCUCUCAGGAUUCAAAAACAAUCUUCAUCGAAAACCAAGCGCCACGACAGAAACAAUGGUUUUGGGUUCUUCCGUUCCAUUCUCAAGAGGCUAACACAGCGCAACGCGAACCGGAAGCGUAAAAUAGCUAAUGAAGGAGCAGAUGUUUCGGUCAAAGGUGGUUAUGAAAUGGGGCUUUCAUUUUCUUACAAUGGUAGACCAAGCAGUGCUGUUUGGUCGGAAAGCAAUGAAGAAAAAUCCAUGGACACUUCAUGUAGCUGCAGUCAAUCCGAGGAUUUCGAAGACAUCUUAAUGUUCAAAAAUUAUUCAGCCUUUUCUUCUUGUGAGAGCCCUUUUCACUUUGUGCUUCAAAGAGGCCCAUCCUUUGGUCACCGGACACCCCUCUUUUCUUCCCCGGCGGGAUCCCCCGGUCGCCACAAAAACCAGGACAAGAACUAUGAAUUUGAGAGCUUGAAGAAACUGCAAGUGGAAGAGGAUGAUGAAGAGAAAGAACAAUGCAGUCCUGUAUCUGUACUGGACCCUCCGUUCGAGGACGAUGACGAUCGACAUGAGAACGAUGGUUUCGAUCUUGAAUGCGACUACACAGUCGUACAAAGAGCAAAGCAGCAGUUACUGCACAAACUUCGUAGAUUCGAGAAACUGGCCGGAUUUGAUCUGAUCGAACUUGAGAAAAGAAUGAUAGAACAAGAGGAAUAUAACGAUAAUGACGAUGACAGAAUUCGCGACGUAGAAGAAGAGGAAUUUGAGAUCGAGUCUGUUUCAUGUGACGACGAAAUGAAUGUUGAUGGCCUUGUCCAAGAAGUUCUUAAAUCAAGCUUCCACAAUCUAAGACAUGUCCCUGGAGGCAUGAAAAGGCUAGUAACAGACCUUGUCGCCGAGGAAGAGACGGAACAAAGCCACGACCCCGAUAGAGAAGCAGUAACUAAAAGGGUAUGCAAGAGGAUGGAGUCAUGGAAGGAGGUGGAAUCGAACACCAUUGACAUGAUGGUGGAACAAGAUUUGAGAAAAGAGCUCGAUUGUUGGAGAAGACAUCAAGUGCAAACCAGAGAGACCGCGUUAGAAGUCGAAUACGCAAUCUUCGGAUUACUGAUGGAAGAACUAUCGGAAGAACUAGUGUGUUUAACCGGAGCUUGA